AUGGGGCUCAAGAGACAGGCAUGUACACUAGAAUGUGAAGGGAAGCUGCCUUCUGCCAAAGCCUGGGAGACCUGCAAGGAGCUCCUGCAGCUGGCAAAGCUGGAUCUUUCUGAGGAUGGCAGCAUUGCUGCGGGAGACAAGAAAGAGCUGGAUGAGAACCAUUUGCUUGCAAAGAAGUAUGGAGGCUUCAUGAAAAGAUACGGGGGGUUCAUGAAGAAAAUGGAUGAGCUCUAUCGGGUAGAACCGGAGGAUGAAGCUAACAGAGGAGAAAUCCUGGCUAAGAGGUAUGGAGGGUUUAUGAAGAAGGACUCAGACGACGAUGCCCUUGCUAAUUCCUCUGAUCUGCUGAAGGAGCUCCUAGGAACAGGGGAUAACCCUGAAGCAGGGCAUUACCGAGAGAUAAAUGAAAAUGACGGGGACGUCAGCAAAAGAUAUGGAGGCUUCAUGAGAAGCGUAAAGCGCAGCCCCGAACUGGAAGAUGAAGCCAAAGAGCUGCAAAAGAGAUACGGUGGUUUCAUGAGAAGAGUGGGCAGGCCAGAAUGGUGGCUGGAUUACCAGAAACGAUACGGUGGGUUUCUUAAGCGCUUCGCCGACUCCAUUCUCCCUUCAGAAGAAGAUGGGGAAACUUAUUCCAAAGAGGUCCCAGAGAUGGAGAAGAGAUACGGUGGAUUUAUGAGAUUUUAA